AUGGUUUCAUUAACCUCAAGAGUGGAGACUGGACAUCGUGACAUUAUUCACGAUGCGCAAAUGAAUUAUUAUGGGACUCGUCUUGCUACUUGCUCAAGCGACCACUUGGUCAAGAUUUUUGAGAUAAAGGCUAAUGGUCAAAGUCUACCGAUAGCUGAACUUACAGGGCAUGACGGACCGGUUUGGCAAGUGAGUUGGGCACCUCCAAAAUUUGAUAAUGUAUUAGCAUCUUGCUCUCAUGAUCGAAAAGCAAUUAUUUGGAGAGAAGUUAAUGGAAAAUGGCAAAAAUCGUAUGAAUAUAAUCAACAUGAAGCAAGUAUUAAUAGCAUUAGUUGGGCAUAUCCUGAAUAUGGACUGAUUUUUGCUUGUUGUUCCACAGAUUGUUCAAUUUCUGUUGUUCAAUAUAUGGGUGAUGUUUGGUCUCCUUUGAAGAUUAAUAAUGCACACGAAGAGGGAUGUAAUGCCAUCAGUUGGGCACCAGCGAAGAGAAUAAAAUCAGUUCUUGACAAAACCGAGAAAAUCGAUCCUAAACGAUUUGUAACCGGUGGAAAUGAUCGGCUAGUAAAAAUCUGGAGAGAAGAAACGCCUGGGAACUGGAAAAUGGAGGCUGAACUAGAGGGACAUGAAAAUUGGGUCCGAGAUGUAGCCUGGUCUCCCUCUGACUCAUUGACAAGUACAAUAGCCUCUUGUGGAGUCGAUGGACAAGUAAUAAUUUGGAGAUGUUCAAAUUUGGAUUCAGAUGAAGGUCCAAAAUGGACAAGUCGUGUACUUCGAAAAUAUGAUGAUCCCCUUUGGCAUGUAAGUUGGUCAUUAUGUGCAACUGUUUUGGCUGUUUCUGGAGCAGACAAUAAAGUUAAUUUAUUUCAAGAACGUUUACCUAAUCAGUGGAUACAAAUUUCUGAACCUGAUGAGGACAAAUAA